AAAACAAACACCCCCUUAUUAUAUCCCAAUUCCCAAGUCUCACUCUUUCUCUCUCCUGCUCACAGAUCAAAUCGCAGUCCGCGAUUCUUUUUAGAUCGCGGUGGUGAGAGCUACACAGAAAUGGUUGAGGUUGCCUCGCUGUUCUCUCUCUGUAUCAAAUCAAUCUCAGCUCAAAUUAUUAAUGGAUGUGAUGGGGCUGAGGAAUUGUUCGAGCUGCCAUCGCAUUUUCUCGAUGGAUUUCUUGAUGGAUUAUUGAUGGAGCUCCCUCCAUUAGCUUUGCAGAAAUUGCAUGAACUGUUCAUAUUAGUAUGUGUUCUGGCAGAUCAGAUAGCUGGAGUAGGAGAAAAUUCAUGGCAAACAACACCAAGGAUGGAUGACACUUUCAUAAUUAUUCAUAUAAACUAUAACUGUUGUCAGGCAUGA